AUGAAAUUUCAGAUAGCACAUCAUUUUCCAAUUUUCCUGAAGCGCAAAUCAUCUGCAGAUGUAAUCGAUACUCUAAUGACUCAUUUUCAUUUCAGUUGUUUUGGCAUUCAAUGCACUUGGGAUUUGAUAAAAGCAAUGCAAACUCAACUCAGUAAUGGUUCAGGUUCCUUAACAUCGGAUCUCAAUUGA